UCCGCGCCGCGUGUUGGAGCGCGGGGGGGGACGCGCUUCCACUGGGGGGCACACGAGCCCCGGUCGCGUUCCUCGCCCGAGGGGGGGACACGACCAUGCGACGCCUGACGGGCCGGGUCUCGCUGCUCGCGGGCCUCUGCCGUGCCGUCCCGGGCCGCGUCGACCGCUGCUGACGGCGCUCGCGCCAACACGGCCACGUCGACGGCGGCACGCAUGACGCCGGACAACCCGGGCUCGAGUCCAGCCUUCUCGGAAGGCGAGGAAGGAGGCGGAGGACGCAGGGUGGGUGGUGCAAGGCGGGUCUUCAAGUUCCGAAACCUGCGCAGCUUGGCCCGAACCCAACUGGGCCGAGCAGUGAACCGCGCCCGCGAACUCCGAGAAUCCGCGGAAACUGGACUCGGACUCUGUGGUUGGAUCCUCACCGCUCUGUCGUUCGUGAUUGUCGUGGUCACCUUUCCCUUCUCAUUGCUUUUUUGCAUCAAGGUCGUCCAGGAGUACGAACGCGCUGUUAUUUUCCGUUUGGGACGACUCCUGCAAGGGGGAUCGAAAGGGCCCGGUAUCUUUUUCAUUCUCCCCUGCAUCGAAAACUACACCAAGGUUGAUCUCAGGACGCUAACCUUUGAUGUUCCACCCCAAGAGGUGCUGACCAAGGACUCUGUGACCGUGUCGGUGGACGCAGUCGUGUACUACCGGGUGCACAAUGCGGCGGUGUCCGUCGCCAACGUGGAAAACGCCCACCACAGCACCCGCCUGCUCGCACAGACCACGCUGCGCAAUAUUCUGGGCACCCGGAACCUGCACGAGAUUCUCGCCGAUAGGGAGCAGAUAUCCAAUGCAAUGCAGAGCGCCCUGGACGAAUGCACCGAUGCUUGGGGCAUAAAGGUAGAGCGGGUGGAAAUCAAGGACGUGCGUUUACCGGUUCAACUGCAGAGAGCCAUGGCCGCCGAAGCUGAGGCUGCCAGAGAAGCACGAGCAAAGUUGAUUGCCGCCGAAGGAGAGCAGAAGUCGUCUCGAGCUCUGAAAGAGGCCGCGGACGUGAUGUCCCUAAGCCCGGCCGCCCUGCAGCUGCGCUACCUUCAGACACUGAAUACCAUUUCCGCCGAGAAGAAUUCCACCAUCAUCUUCCCGCUGCCCAUAGAUUUCCUCGCCUGCUUCAUGCCUGACAAGAAGAAGCACCGCGCCAUGGAUGCGGACCCGUAGUGGGCCCGGCGUUCGUUCGAAUCGACCGAGAGCUUUGUAAACGCGUCGAACCGGUUCGUAUGGCCCGCUGAUGGCGGCUAUAAAAGGUCGGGCCUCCGCCACUUGUAUCCUCCCAGCGAGUGUUGGGGCCAGUGCACCAUCGUUUGUUACGCUGUUGUUGCUGCACGCGUGCUUGACAGAAAAGUUACAGAGUGGCGCGCAUUGUUUGACGACGAGAGAGAGACAUGCAGUUAAAGUGUGCAUAAUCUGUUGUUUGUUGACUGGCGAUGGGCCAUUUACAUUCGCUCUCACGUGUUCACAAAGCAUAACUUAUGAGAGCGCAAGUUGUUUUUGGAUGCUGCUACCGUACGUUUUCAGAUGUCCCUUACUUGCUCACUUUAAAAAUACAGGGCGCGAAGUCCACGUGCUUUAUUCCUCAGAGCAAAAA